AUGUUCCCUACGGUAGUUCGAAAUGCUGCUCUAGGAAUUUGUUCAAUGAUGGCUCGAGUUGGAGCCAUGCUAGCACCGUUUGUAGCUAACAUGAAACAGCACGGUAAAUGGUGUGCUCCCGUUGCAUUCGGUAUAUUUCCGAUCGUGUCUGCUUUGCUUUGUUUAAUGUUACCAGAAACUAAAGACUGUGAGUUGUUGAUGACUAUAGAAGAAGGUGAAAAUUUUACUGGAAGAGGACGGAAUACGGUAGAAACAACAAGCUUUAGAUCGCCAGACGAUGAGGCUUUGUUUCAAUGUUGCUGUAAUACAGAGUUGCAUCAUUUUGGUGAUUAUGUGAAUGCUGAUGAAAAAACUAUAAUAGUUAUGAACCACCGCACAAGAGUUGACUGGAACUAUGUUUGGAUCGCGUUGUACCACGCUACACAAAAUCCUGUUCGUGAUAUAUGUACGUGCAAACAGCCGGUUGAUAGACAGGGUGCAGAAGAUAUCGGAGUAUUGGAUAUUAGUGGCAAGGCAAAAAUAAAAUUUGUAUUAAAAGAUGAAAUUAAAAGCAUUCCUGGAAUAGGUUGGAUAAUGCAAUUAAAUUUUUUUCUUUAUGUUAAAAGAAAUUGGCAGGAAGAUCAAGUAAACCUCGCUCAGUUUGCAGAGUAUUAUCAAAAACUUAACUAUGACUAUCGCCUGUUGCUAUUUCCCGAAGGAACUGACUUAAGUUGCGAUAACCGCCGCCGUAGUGAGAAGUUUGCUGUUACGAACAAAUUGCAGGUUUGUCCGGACAUGAUCUUUGGUCUAAUCUAA